CAAAGUAGAAAAUAUGGAUACUGGUGCAUUCCCUCGGGUAAUUAGAUCACCUGAACUUAAAGUCCUCUUUGACUCCGUGGAAACAGCUCUCCGUGUCCCAGAAGAUCCAGAGUCUUUUGCCAAGAGUUUAUUGUUAGCUUCACAUCUUGAAGAAACCGUGUCGCAAAUUAAACUUCUAUCAGAAAAACUUAAUCUAACAAAACUCGAUAAUGUGUCUGGAAAAGAAGAUUCAGGAACUAUUUGUGUUUUUGAUGUUGACGUUUUCUUUGAAAAAGAUGAUCUUCAAGUAGUAAAACGGGAUCCUGACUUAUGGAUCAAGACCGCUCACCUAAAAAACGAAAGAAUUCUCAAAGUAAUUCUUGUGCACAGCAAAUCUCUUCGUGUUAUCGAAACAAAACUCCGCGUUUACAGAGAAUAUGAAAGUCUAUUUUGCUCAAAAAUGCUGCAUAUACAACACGAAUAUGAGGAUUUUUCUGAUAUUGCAAAAAUGAGCGCAAAUGCAAAAGUAAUGUCAAUUCAGAGAACUAUCCAGUCUUUAAUACAAAGCAUUCCUUCUAAAGAACUUUUUUCCAUUAUUGAUGAAGCUGCAAAAAAGGCUUAUUCGAGAGAAAACAUAAGAAACAUUUGUUUCAACGAAUUUAUCACAGAUGGGGAGGAUGUUGGAACAGUUUACAGUAACAGUUACGUAUGUCGAUUCUUUGUAACUGUUAGACGAAUCAAAGCUGAAUUAGUGACAAAUACUUUGCGCUCAGUAGGCAAAGCAUUUGCAUCUGAAAUAUGCAAGGGGAUACUUCGUCAUAUCGAAUCAAAAAUCCAGAGUGCGUUAAGACAUGAUCUAAUAAGACUUCGAUUCAAUAUUUCUGAUGAUAUCUUUGCAACUGUCACGGUUGUAUUGUUGUUUGUCAUCGCUUCAGUUAUCAAUCCGGUUGUUGGUGCAGCUGCUGCUGUUGUAUCCUUAGUUAUGCAUUUCGUGUUUUCGGUAGAUGUUAACUCUGAAAGCUGGCGGGGACAAGUUGCAGAUGAAAUUUUUAAGACAGUUUCUAAAAAUAAAGAUACUCUCGUGAGCAAAAUAUUGCCGAUGGUAGAGAAAACAUGCAGAACAACAACUGGGGAUCUGAAGAAUGUAUCCAAAAAGCUCGAGGAAUGGACACAGAAAACUGAGUGCAUGGAUAUAAACGAAAUGGUUUCAAUAUGGAAAAAACGGGAAGAAGUGAAGAACAUAAAUGAUCUUAGCAGUUGCCCAUCAGUUUUGAACCUUAUUGCUGGUUUAAAGGACAAAAAACCAACACUGAAGGUCAUUUUAAGCCAUGAUGACGAAGAAGCUAAAAGGAUUUUCAGGAAUAGACCCGGUAUUCCUGAAAAAGUUGAUUUCGUUGUGGUUUCUAGCAUAUCUAAAAAGAAAGCAAGGGAAAAGAAAAACCACAGUUCUUAUCGCAUUGACCAGAAUGAGCGAGAAAAAAUAGGUAAAAUAAUAAAACUUCAGGGAGAAAGGCUUUUUGCAAGUCAUUCAAGUAUCGUUGGACUUGGAAUAGGUAACAUGGACCCUGGUAAAAUACCCUGCAUUAUCAUUUAUUGCCUAGAUGAAAAUUUGAUCCCAUUUGGAGAAAAGCCAAUACCAAAAAUGUUAGAAGGAUGCAUUUGUGAUAUUCGAGAGGACAACAUCAUGUUCGGAGCUUGCUUUGACUGUCACGGAGUCGAUCAUCCGAAUUAUGGUUGUUGUAUUGGGCUACCUUCAAAUGGCUAUGGCUCUGCCGGAUUUUUUGUGAAGACCAUCGGAUCUGAUAAAGAAGCUUCGGGGUUCCUCACAGCCGCGCAUGUUGCAGCAGAAAAUUUAGGAGAUUUAUACUUCAAAAAAACUUUAUUAUCAGAGUAUGAUACUGGCGAUUCUAGACAGGAAAUAGUCCACCCACUGUUACCCAAUAAUACCAAUGGGCAAGGCAUUGGAAUAGUACAAGAAUCAUUUUGCGGGAAUUGGGGACCUGAAGAAAUCGGAAUAGACGCAGCCUUUGUUCAAAACCACAAGCCAAAAGAAGCAGAAUUUAGGGAACUUCGUCUUGCCGAAGAAAACGAACUUAAUUAUGAUGACCAACUGAUAGUAUUAAAAAGAGGAGGAACAACUGGUGAAACAUUCGGCCGUUUACUCGAUGGUUCCUGGUCCCCUUGCGUAAAUCCUCGUGUGGACGAUAUUGCAUGGAGAAUUGGUGGAUUUUAUUUUUUUGAAAGUUGCUUUGCAAUUGAGGAUAUGAAUGACCAAUUUUUUGAUCUUGGUGAUUCUGGCUCGGGGGUCUUCCUCACGGAAAACUUAAACCCAACAAAACCUCUAGGUAUAGCGUUUGCAAAACUUGAUUACGAGCCGAUAACAUUUGUCUGCAGAAUUAAUCAAAUUGCAGAAGCCUUUAACUUACGUGUAUAUGAAAUCCUGAACCAAAUUGAUCAAAAUUAAAUCAAAAUGGCAUGUAGUUUGUUAAUUAAGUGGUGACAAAGAAUCUUUAUUUUGUGUAGUAUAUAAUCCUUAUUCUCAUAUAAGUGUUUUAAUUAUCAUUUUUGCUCGGAUUCUAUAAACAUAAUGUUAACAAUAAAUAACAUUAUGCAUAAAUAGCAUGGCUUUUUUAUGCAACAUUCCAGCAAAUUUAAUUACAAAUCAAAUCAACUUGAAAUAAAUACAGUACGUAAAGAUAUUUACAUUCAGUGUAUAUUUCUCGUUAUGUUCGUAUUGGAAUUAUGCGACGUUGAAUUUUCUGUGAACAAAGUUAGUUAAUUCAUUCGCUAGGAGCACAAAUAGAUAAAUCAUUACGCGUUUUGAUUAAAGUCUAUUUCUUAAUAUAAGAUUAAUUGAAACGUUUAAACUUACAUGACCAAUUUGAUAUGUACUAAUGGGAAAUACUUAAAUUAUAUCUUUUCAUCAAUAAAAAAGAAAUUUUUACAAAGUUUCUGGCAUUAUGCUUAAAGUUGCAGAAGCGAUCUAAAUACAAUGUGAAUGCGGCUGUUUCAUAUAUGUUUCAUAUCCCUGACCAAGAGCUAAUAUUGACUUAUUAGCGAUGAUACACAAUAUUUCAUACAAAGAGACAUCAGUAUGAAAAUAUAAAUAUAAGCAUUGAAUGCUUAUUUUUGAAUUAAUUU